GGGACGUCGCGGCGGCUGCGGCGUGCGGGGCUGGCACUGCUCGUGCUCGGCCACGGCAACCUGGUGCUGGGCGCCAUCGUGCACGGCUCCGUGCUGCGGCACGUGGCCGGCACCGACCGCGCCGGCACCCCCGAGUACGCGGUGGCCAACGUGGUGUCCGUGGUGUCGGGGCUGCUGAGCGUCGCCGCGGGCAUCGUCGCCAUCCUGGUGUCCAACGACCUGUCCCGGGAGCCUCUGCACUGGGCCCUGCUGAGUGUGUCCCUCCUGAACAGCUUGCUGUCCACUGCAUGCAGCGUGGGCCUGGCGCUGGCCAUUGCCCUCACCGUUCGCAGCCGGGGAAUGCGGCUGGUCAUGGGCUGCAACAGCCCUGCACUGCCCGCUGAUGCUCGUGCAGCCAUUGCGACCAAUGACUGCCCUUUCAACACCACGCGCAUCUACGACACGGCCCUGGCACUCUGGUCCCUCUCCCUGGUGCUGGCGACCGCGGAGGCCGUGCUGUCCGGCAGGUGCUCUUGGAUGGCUUUGACAGUGCAGGGCAUCAGGCCGUGCACACGCAGCUCCCUCAGCAAGCAGCUGCCUAAGCCAGGUGCAACGGAGGCGGCGCCACCACGUGAGACGCGGCAGCUCCUGGGGGGACUUGCUGAUUCCGGGAUGUAGC